UUAGAACUAGGCUGACAUUACUUUUCACUUGGUUACAGCCUGUCAGAGGAUUUUAGUUAUUUGGAUCCACGCUGGACAAAAUUCACCUUGUGUUUCUAGCUGAAAAUCGGGAGCUUUGGGUGUGUUGGCUGCAGCAUCCCCCAAGGGUCUUCUCAGAGGUGGCCGGGGACUCAGCUCUUCAGAACUAAAUGAAGUAGAUGACUUGACUACAAUGCGGAAAAAUCAUGACAGAAAAUGUGGUUUGUACUGGGGCCAUCAAUGCUGUAAAGGAAGUCUGGGAAGAAAGAAUAAAGAAACACAACGAAGACGUGAAGCGAGAGAAGGAAUUUCAGCACAAGCUAGUGCGGAUCUGGGAAGACCGAGUAAGCUUAACUAAGCUGAGAGAAAAGGUCACCAGGGAAGAUGGAAGAGUCGUUCUGAAGAUAGAAAAAGAAGAAUGGAAGACUCUUCCUUCUUCUUUACUGAAACUGAAUCAGUUGCAAGAAUGGCAACUUCAUAGGACGGGGUUGUUGAAAAUUCCUGAAUUCAUCGGAAGAUUCCAGAAUCUCAUUGUGCUAGACUUAUCUCGAAACACAAUUUCAGAGAUCCCCCGAGGAAUUGGACUGCUCAUCAGACUGCAGGAACUGAUUCUUAGCUACAACAAAAUCAAGACUGUCCCCAAAGAACUGAGCAACUGUGCCAGCUUGGAGAAGCUAGAACUGGCUGUGAACAGAGAUAUAAGUGACCUCCCCCCGGAGCUCAGCAAACUGUUAAGACUCACCCACCUUGAUCUGAGUAUGAACAACUUCACUACAAUCCCUCUUGCUGUCUUGAACAUGCCUGCCCUGGAGUGGCUGGAUAUGGGAAGCAACAACCUUCAACAACUUCCUGACAGUCUAGAAAGAAUGCAAAGUUUACAUACAUUGUGGCUACAGAGGAAUGUAAUAACUUGCCUGCCAGAAACAAUCAAAAAUAUGAAAAACUUAGGGACUCUUGUUCUCAGCAACAACAAACUGCAAGAUAUUCCAGGCUGCAUGGAAGAAAUGACAAAUCUGAGGUUUGUCAACUUUCGAGACAACCCGCUGAGAUUAGAGGUGACACUUCCUCCCAGUGACAACACAGAAGGAGAGGAUGAACAGGAGUUGUUUGGGCUUCAGUUCAUGCGUGCAUACAUACAAGAGUCACGGAGAACAGAUGACCAAGUCAACGGUCUGGCUCUGCCAAUCUCUAUACAUUCUGAUGGAUAAAGUAAUUCUAAGAGCCCUGCUGAAAGGAAUACUUGGAGGACAUGGUCAAUUGUCUGUUUGGACUUUGGAAGUAAAAACAAACAAAACAAAAAUCCUGAUAUCAAUAUUUUUGUGAAUAUAAAAAUAUAACUUAAAAAGAAUGAAAUUUUUUUGUUUGCAGAAGACAACUGAUGUUCAUGUUCCUUUUUCAUUUAUGAGUUGCUUCCUGUAAUGAAAGAUGAGCUGGUAUAGCAGUUAAUAACACGUUUUCCAGAGACACCGAUGGGUCUGUAUAGUAUUGUAAGGCAGGAUUGAAGCCUUUCUGUUGUAAAUACUGGAGUCGGCCUUGGUCAAUCAGCAAUUUGCAAAGAUGUCCUAUGUUCUUUUUCUCUUCAGCAGUAAGAAUCCUACAGUGAAUAAACACACAGGGAAUUAAAGCUUUGUAAAAAUUCCUAA